AUGACCGAGCAUCUUCGAAAGGUAUUUGAUGACAAGGCCAGCCAGAAGUUGCCGGUAUUCGUCGCCUUCAUAACCGCAGGUUAUCCAAGCCCUCAAAUGUCGGUACCCUUAAUGCUGGCCAUGGAGGCCGGUGGGGUUGAUAUCAUUGAGCUCGGAAUUCCAUUUAGUGAACCCUCCGCCGAUGGUCCAGUGAUUCGAGAAUGUCAUGAAGUUGCUUUAUGGUACAAAGUGGAUUUCAAAAUGUGUCUCAAAUUCAUCUCCGAAGCCAGGUCGAUGGGGUUGAAAGCCCCAGUAAUCUUGAUGGGCAAGUGGAUGUGUUAUUACAAUUCGAUUUUCUCGUAUGGAGAAAAGGCUGCGGUGGUUGAAGCCAAAGCAGUUGGAGCAAGCGGAUUUCUGAUUACAGAUCUACCAUUGGAAGAAGCUUUCCAGUUUCAGGUCUUAUGUGCCAGAUCUGGAUUAAGCUAUGUGCCGUUGAUAGCACCAAACACGACCGACAGUCGGAUCCGCUCGUUGGCUUCGAAGGCCGAUUCUUUUAUCUACGUCAUUUCACAGGCAUGUCUCGGGCCUACAGGGGCCAGGAGCCAGGUAUCAAGCUCAUUGCCUGAGCUGGUAACCCGAAUCCGGAAGCUGGCCGUCCGGGCCGGCGGGAUCCCGAUCCCGCUGGUCGUCGGCUUCGGGAUUUCGACGGCGGCCCAGUUCGACUACGUCGGAAGAUUGGCGAAUGGUGCCGUAGUAGGCUCGAAGCUCAUCGAGGUGGUCAAUUCGAAAAGGAUCCCGAUCGACGCGCUGACCAAGUUCUGUGAGGAGAUCUGCGGGAGAAGACCCGCGGGCUCGACACCAUCAUCCUUGUCGAGGCCUUCAACGGCUGCUCCCGGACCCAGCUCACUCGAAAAUUCCAGCCCUGGCCGGUUCGGCGUGUUCGGUGGACGGUACCUCCCCGAGGCGUUCAUCGGAAGCUUGCUAGACCUUGAGAAAUGCUAUCGUCAAGCUAUGGCUGAUCCCAGUUUCCAGGCCGAGUUGAGGAGCCAUUACGAGUACUUGAACCGGCCAUCUGAGUUGCACUUUGCCCAACGACUCUCCGCCCAUGUCGGCGGGGCUAAAAUCUGGUUCAAACGCGAAGACCUUAACCUGACGGGCUCUCAUAAAGUCAACAACGUCCUCGGUCAAAUCCUGCUCGCCCGGAGGCUCGGUAAGACUCGGAUUAUCGCCGAGAGUGGCUCAGGGCAUCACGGCUUUGCAACUGCGUCUCUUUGCGCAAAGUUCGGAAUGGAGUGUGUCAUCUACAUGGGCGAGGAAGAUGUUCGGAGACGGGAAAAUUCUGUGCUCAAGAUUAAAGCACUAGAUGCAAAAGUUGUAACUGUUAGUAGUGGCAACAAAAAACUAAAGGAUGCAAUCAAUGAGGCGAUGUGCGCGUGGGCAUCAGAUUUUGCCUCGACCCAUUAUCUCAUUGGCUCCGCGAUCGGGCCGCAUCCACUCCCGACAUUAGUCCGAGAUUUCCAGAGCGUGAUAGGUCGAGAGAUUAAGGAGCAACUACAAGCGAGGCAAGGUAAGUUACCGGAUGCGGUAGUAGCCUGUGUGGGUGGGGGUAGCAAUGCGAUUGGCACCUUUUAUCCGCUUAUCGACGAGCCGAGCGUGAGAUUGGUUGGCGUGGAAGCUGGCGGCAAUGGGAUUGAUGACGAGCAACACUCGGCGGCGUUAUCCAAAGGGACCAAAGGCAUCUUCCAUGGCGCGCUUACCUACGUCCUGCAAGACCAAGCCGGCAAGAUCUUCAACUCCCGCUCGAUCUCCGCCGGCUUAGACUAUCCUGCCGUCGGGCCUGAAUUGGCCUGGCUCAAGGAGACCGGACGAGCGGAGUUUUGCUCUGCCACGGACUUCGAGGCGAUCCAGGGAGUCAAGAUCUGUGCCGAAUUCGAGGAGAUCCUGCCGUCGAUAGAAUCCGCACACGCUGUCAAUAAGACUAUCGCAGUGGCCAAAGAGCUCGGCAAAGCUUGCGAUGUCGUCCUGUGUCUGUCUGGCAAAGGAGAGCCAAACUUCGAGGGCGUUCUGAGCCAAACCUGA